AUGGUGUCUUUCUACAGCUGCCUCCUCCUGUUGGUUUUAAUUACAAAUGCCUUGAUGGGUGCAAGUGCGCUCGAGCCCAGAGCCAAGCGCCGGAGAGUCUCCGAUAAGUACGAUGAAGAUGUCUGGCUCCAUCAGCACCAUGACAGGCCUCACCGGAGGUCGGGGUUGGCCAAGAAGGAGAGGACUCACGGUGGAGAGGAGGUUAAGGGUUCCCUGCUCCAGGUGGGGGAUGUUGGGCAGCCCGGGACUCUGAAGCAAGACAGACUGCAAAGUUUUGAACUCCCUUACAGUCAGAGGGAAAAUCAGCCACCGGGGACGCAUACGAAAGGACGCAAGCACAAGACGCAGAGGAGGUCAAAUCAAAAGGUGAAACACCACAAAGCAAGAGCCUUUGAAGCUGAGCCCAGCGGCCUUUUGAAGGAAGAUUUAAGCCUCCGCGAGCCCACUCGUUCCACCCAUGUGGAGAUGUCCUCCAGUGCCUCUUCAGCCACCCGGCCUUCGUUAGGCACAGCCGAGCCCAUGUUUAUUAAUGAGCAGCCCACAGCCAUGGUGGAAGCCCCUCGCCGUGCUAAGUCUGGGAAGAAGGGAGGGGAGGUGAUGCCAACCCUGGAUAUGACCCUGUUUGACUGGACAGAUUACGAAGAUCUGAAGCCGGACACCUGGCCAUCACCAAAAAAAGGUAAACAAAAAGAAAAGCUGAAUGCCACUACAUUGGCUGAGGAAGAGCCAUGCGAUCACCAUCUGGACUGCCUCCCAGGAUCGUGCUGUGACUUGCGGGAGCACAUCUGCAAACCGCACAACCGCGGCCUGAACAACAAGUGCUACGACGACUGCAUGUGCACGGAAGGUCUCCGGUGCUACUCAAAGUUCCACCGCAAUCAAAGAGUGACACGGAGGAAAGGGCGCUGCGUGGACCCAGAAUCCAUCAACAAAGACCAAGGAUCGUUUAUUUCUGUCUGA